AUGUUUAUUGGUCCAUUAGAUAAAUGUUGUCAUUUGUUUGUGGACUGGUUAUUUGAGGAACUUGGAAAAUUUGAAAUUUAUUACAAAUAUGGGAAGGAGCUAUCGACUAUAGGUUCAUGGUUAGGAUCAUCAUUUCAGUUUUCUUCUGUUGAGAUACAAGACAGAAUUCUGUUUGAAGCUAAAGCUCUGAAUGGAAAAAUUCAAUUUCAUAUUGCCUCGGCAAAUACUGGUGGCUCUCCUGAGUUGAAUGUUGAGGCUUGGGAAGAAAUUGUACAAGAUGGAAUCAUUGAAUUUUCUGAAACACAUCAGAGGUACAGUUUUCAAAGCCAAGCGCUGGAGCAGUUUUUCAUAUUUAAGAGCAAUGACUCGUCAGCUAUCAAAAUUUUUGGGUUUCUUCCUGUGUUUCAGUUGGCGAAGAAUCCACAUGUUCUUACCAAACCUCUUACUGAAUUUGAUGGCGAUUCAAAAGUAAAGAUGGAAUACCUUUAUUUGCACUAUCUUGUGAUGAAACAUAAAGAUUCGAAUAAUCGCUUAACUGCCUUAAAGAUCCUAAUCCCAGCAGAGAGACUAUACGUGGUAAACCUACAAGAAGAAUCUUUCAAACCCCAAGUUGAUGUCUUGAGGGUUCUUAUUCAGGAAAAAAUGAUUGAUGCUUUUGAAAUUGUAGGUCUUGACGACAAAGAACGUUGGAUUCUUUCAUCUCAAGCAAUCAAAAAAUCAAUGCUUGUUCAGGACAUAAGAAGUCUAAUUAGUCUGGCCAGAGUUCUGUCUUGGAUCGGGACGGUGCAGAUUGAUGUUGAUGUAAAACUGGAUCGGUUGGCAAACAUUUGUGUUAAGAUACUAAGAAAGAGCUCGUUCACCUAUCAAGGGCAUUUAUGCCUCAAAUUUUCUGGUGCUAGUUUAAAACCCUCAAGGGAUGUUGAAAUUUUAUGUGCCGGGCUCCAACUAAUUCCAAACUUUUGUCUACUUGAUUUGUCUGGGACAACCGAUAUUGAACCUGAGGCUUAUCGACAAAUUAUUAAAGCCUCCAGGUUUAGCAAACUUUCUUCUUUAGUGCUGAACAAUACCAUCUUGAUGAACAAAGAAGAUCCUCAGCCUAUCGGUUUGCAAUAUUUGCCUCAUUUGAAGCACUUAGAAAUUGAAGGGUGCAAGCUCGGUGAUGCAGGUAUUCAUGCAAUGUCUCUUGAUUUCAAAGAAGCUGGCCAACUUACCGAGUUAAGUGUUGCACGAAAUAAGAUAACUAGUUCUGGAAUCUUGGAGCUGUCCGGUCUUUUGAUGGAAAAACAAAAUCUUCGCAUAAUAAGAGUUCAUGAAAAUGAUGUAGGUUAUGAAGGGGCUGUCUCGUUAGCGAUUCUGUUUAGAAAUCUUCCAUUCCUAGAGGUUGUCAAUUUAUGCGAUUGUCAAAGAAUAACAGACAAAGGGUUUGAGUUGAUCAUUGAAUCGCUGAAAGGCAAAAAUUUAAAGAAAAUGAAUGUCAGGAAUUGUGGGUUCUCCCAACGGAUUUCAGAAAAAUACUUCAAACUCUUGAAGAACAUGCGCCAUUUCCAACACCUUGAUUACGGAUGCAAUACUAUCGGUUCAUCAAGAGUUGGACCAGGACCGAGCAUAAAUAUAUCUGAAGUCUUUCUUGAAAUGAUGAGUUGCAAUAAGUACUCGUGGAAUCUUUUGAAUUUAUGGAAGUGUAACAUUGGCUUUACGACUGUAUUUGAAUCUGCCCACCAGCUAGGACAUUUGUCAACAUUGACAGAUCUUUGCCUGCAAGAAAAUCAAUUAAGUGACAGGGAUGGAGCUUGCAUUGGCGAGUACAUGGUGACGUCAUGGCAUAGCCUACGCAGUCUGAACCUUCGACAGAACAAUAUCGGAGAUAUUGGAGCGGCUAAAAUCUUUGAAGGCAUACGUGAAAACCUAAAACUGAAAACAGUUUUCUUGGACAGGAACCAGAUAGAAGAUGGUGAUCUGAUACAAAAAAUGGUCGAGUACUUUGUUGAUCAGGGAAAUAUGGAGGAGAUGGACGUAUCAUACAACAAGGUCCCUGAAUAUUUAAACCCAGAAACCGAAACUAGAAAGUUUCUGAGAGACAGGGCUGCAAACAUACAACCAUGUAAAGGUUAUACAGAGAUAUCCAUUAAUAACCGAUUCUUGAGGCUGAAAACAGCUAAUAAGAGAGGUUUACAUCCAUCAUAUAUAACCGAAGAGACUUUAAAUCCCGUUGCCAGAGUUUGUUAA